AAGACGAAGACUUUUGAUGUGUCACUCCUGGUGCAGGUUGUGGAAGAUGGGCACGGUGGCAGUGCCAGUGCUAAACGUUGGAUUUCCUGUCGGCGCAUACAACGACGUCCUGUUCGUCGGAAGACCUGUACGUUUGCUGACUUGGCGGAUAUUGCGGACGACGACUGGAGACUACCGAUCAGGCAUUCAGUUUACUUGCUCUACCCACAGGCGCUGGAUAUGAAACAGGUGGUGGCUGACAUAACCAGCUGCCGUCCCAUAAUGGAGGCUCCCACAUUCAACCAAACCAUCCGAUUCUUUAACGUCAGUUCGAAUGUCUGCGUCCCGAAUAAGGCAGUCAAGAGGUCCCUAGAUGCUAUUGUGGUGAUCAAGUCCGCCGUCUACAAUUUUGCCGAUCGUGAACGUAUACGGAGAGCAUAUGCUAAGGAAGCCGAACGUGAACCCUUCUUCCGCAUGGCCAUGGUCUUCUCCGUAGGACUGCCUCGAAGUAGCGGGGGUCGCUUCUUCCAGCGCGACGGUAUCAACAUCUCACUACCAGGCCGGGCGGGUGCGUCGUUGGAGAAGAUGCAGUACCGGAGGCCGGAAGUCCUAAGAAAACUGUCAGAGGAAUCCGAACUCAACGAUGACCUCAUUGUGGGCGAUUUCGAGGACACAUACUAUAACCUCAGCCUGAAAUUAUUUCACACCUUUCAGUGGGCCUCUCGCUUCUGUCGCGGACAUUUUAUGCACAACCAACGACCGCCCGUCUUCGUCAUAAUGGACGAUGACUACGCCUUCAAUGCCAGUCGCCUGAAGACUGAACUGGGUGCCCUCUCGGACGCGCAGAUUCGACGAGUGCUUCUGGGCUCUCCAAUGCGUAGAAGUAACGUACUUCGUCCCCUUGUCUCUUCGGGAUUUGAAAAGUGGACCGUCUCCAAACGCCAGGUGCCCUGGCCCUACUUUGCACCUUAUAGUUCUGGCGCCUUUAUCGUUCUCGGUGCUGAUGUCCUCCAGGAAAUCGCCCUAGCCAUGUAUUUCACCGUACAGUUUUCAGUGGACGACGCCUGGUUAGGCAUGGUUAUGACGAAGUUAGACUUCUACGUUCAGCGCCAUCCACACAUGCAUAUCGCUUGGCCGAAAGUAAAUGAAAAGGAGUUGGCUCUGUUUGCACCCUUCGACUACCUCUUCGGGGGACAAUGA